UCAGCGUGGCGAGAACUCAGACGACACAUCAUAAAAUACAUAGAGGAGGUUUUUAUUUUCAUAAAUUACCAAUAAAAUAGUAUUUUUUAUUAUUUUUUAAUUAUUUCAAUAUAAUUUUUACAAUUAAAAAACAAAAAAAGAAAUAAAUAUAUAAAAAUCAAUGCCGGUUACAAGUAAUAUUUGUGCAGUGUGUUCAAUUACAGCGAAACAACGAUGUGCCGGUUGUUUUAAUGUAUUUUAUUGUUCACGUGAUCAUCAAAAACAACAUUGGAAAAUACAUAAAAGCUUAUGUAGACCAAUUAAGAUUUGCGAAGAUGCGGUGCUAGGACGAUAUUUAGCUGCAACUCGUCCCAUAAAAGCUGGUGAUGUGGUUUUCAAAGAAAGUCCCCUCGUAAAAGGACCUGCUCAAAUAACUGGACCAAUUUGUUUGGGAUGUGGUAAAGAGAUUACUGGUCCCGAUGAUAGUGUUCCAUGUUCAAAAUGUGGAUGGCCAAUGUGUAAAGAUGGCGAUAAUUGUGAGAAUUCCGAAACACAUAAAGCUGAAUGUACUUUCACUCAAAAAAGAGGUUUCAAAGUUUCCAUACAAAAUUUUGCAAGCCCACACCCGAGCUACCAGUGUUUGACUAUAUUACGUUGUUUAUAUUUACGAGAUCACGAACCAGAGAAGUGGGAAAAAUUGAUAAAGUUAGAAUCUCAUAACAAAAUUAGAGUGAAUACUGAGCAAUAUGAACGAGACUGUGUUUCAGCAAAAUUUAUUCAGAAGUUUUUUAAACUGGAAAAAGAAUUUACGGAAGAUGAAAUAUUAAAAGUAGCUGGUAUUGUUCAAGUUAACGGACAUGAAGUACCCUUAACCGAACCUGCGCAUAUUGCUAUUUAUGAAGCGUGUUCCAUGCUUGAACAUGAUUGUCGAGCAAAUUGUUGUAAAAGUUUUUCAUCAACAGGCGAUGUUUUAGUAAUUGCUGGGCAGGAUAUAAAAGCGGACGAGCAUAUAAGUAUUUGUUAUGUCGAUCCGUUAUGGGGUACAGCAAAUCGGCGGCACUUUUUAUUGGAAACGAAAUAUUUUAAAUGUAAUUGUGCACGCUGCAAUGAUCCAACAGAAUUCGGAACAAUGUUUAACGCGAUUAAAUGCAAAGAAAAAGAUUGUGAAGGUUACCUUCUACCAAAAACCUUUAUUGAGCAAAAGGAUACGGAAGACGAACCGAAAUGGUAUUGUAGUAAAUGUUUCAGAUCUCAGGAUGGAGCUUCGAUUCACAAAUUAAUGGAUCAUAUUGGGAAAGAUUUGGAAGCUAUGGAAAAAGGUGAUGUGGAAUCGUGUCAGAAAUUUUUAGAGCAUUAUGGAAAAUAUUUGCACAGUAAUCAUUAUUACAUGACCGAUGUACGGUUGGCGUUGGCUCAAUUGAUCGGCCAAAAAACAAAAAAUGGACUUACUGAAGUACCUGAUGAACUAUUAGAUGACAAAGCUAAACUUUGUCAGAAAGUUAAUAAAUUGAUUAAAAUUUUAGCACCAGCGGAGUUUCGAAUUCAAGGUAUGCUUCUUUUCGAAUUACAUGCUGCUGUUGCUGAAAUUGGACGAAGGCGUGCAACAAAAGGACAAGUUGGGCCAGAAACACUAGAAGCAAUGUUAUUGGAAUCAAAGAACAUAUUAGCAGAAGCUAUUGAAUUAUUAAAACAUGAGCCAGAUAUAAUGCCAGAAGGUAAAAUUAAGUUACAAGCAAGAAAGAAUUUAGCUGAUUUGGAGAAAUUAAUUCGAACAUUACAUCAAAAUGUUGGCGAUAUGCCGUAAUUUUUUUGUUUGUUUAAUAAUAUUAUUGUAUGUUGUGCUGCCAAUUUUCGAGAUUAAAAUUA